AUCAGUGUCAUGUUCUAAAUAAUGCUUCAUAGUUGACAACGUCAGAGCAAGAUCGUUGAGAUUGGGAGUGUUUUGAUGUGUAAGCAUUAGUUGAUAUUUAAAAAAAAAUAUUUACAACAAUGGAACUAGCGGAAUUGUGUAGAGUUUCGGAAAAAUACGCCACAAAGGACAAAUCUGUUCGCCCGAAAACAGUACCGGAAAGAAGGGGAAUGUCUUUCUCGAGGUCCAUCCGGAAAAAGAACGGUAAAAGAGCUCAAAGAAACCGAAGUAAAAGUCUGCCGUCCAUCGCCAUAACUGUUCCAAAUCAAGCAUUAAAUCCAGUAUACAUCGAAGCCAAAGCGAACUCCGAACCGAGGCAGCUGCCGGAGAGUAUCCCGGAAGAGCUGGACACCAGUCGGAUUAGGCAGUUCAGUACCACUAUGAAAGGACUUGUGAACCAAGGUGAUCUGUGCAUAGACGGCCGUAGGGACAGCGCGGUUUCUACGACGGGCUACCGUCGUAUGAGCACGAUGUCAAUUCAGAGCGUAUGCGGAAACUACGGGCGCCGAGACAGCGUAUACGCGGAACAGGCCCGCCGUCGGAACAGCUCCUUUGCAGCCGCAUACUGCACUCCCGUCCGGCGUACCAGCUGCUUCGCGUCCAUGGAAAACCGGAAAAUGGGAGUCAAACCCGGACUUGAAAGUUCCCAGGAUUCGGUUCUCGACGAGUGCCCAUCGCAGUACCAGGUGCUCGUGCUGGGGUCCACUGGCGUCGGCAAGAGCGCCAUCAUCAGCCAAUUCACAACCUCAGAGUUCCUGGGCGCCUCGGACGUUCAUACAGAUUCGGAAGAGAACAAAACAAGCGUCUCCGUGAUAUUGAAUCAAGAAGAAUCGGUGCUCGAACUAUUUGAAGAAAACAAUGUGUCAACGCUGAAUGAUAACAGCGACUUUCAAGCGGAUGCGUAUAUGCUCGUUUACUCGUGCGCUGACCGUUCGUCCUUCAGGUCUGCGUGCGCAACUUUGCGACGUCUGAAGGAGGAAGCAGGCGGCUCCAAGACUGUGAUGAUUGUUGCCAACAAGGUGGACCUUGUCAGGAAACGUCUGGUGACUUCGGAUGAUGGAAAGAACUUUGCCAACUCGUAUAACUGCAAAUACAUCGAAACCUCGGCCGCUCUUAAUCAUAACAUCGACGAGUUGCUGGCGGGGGUUCUCAGUCAGAUCCGCCUAAAACAAUACGGCCCCUGUCCCACGGUCGUGAGUCCCGAGCAGAAAAAAGGCCAACAGAAAGGGCUCACAAGCGCCCUUAAAACUGCGAUUCGCGGAGUGUUCGGCGGGAAGAAGCACAAAGUGAAGGGAUGCGAGAAUCUUUAUGAGAUAUGACAAUGAAUUGAGGAACGCAAGUGAUGUACACUUGUGUGCUAUUUGAAUGAUCUUGACACUUGUUCAAGGCGAGAACGACAAACGCGAACAUACAGACAUAUGGUCUCCGUUCUCCAUGUUGCCGACGAAGAAAAUACAUGUACAGGCGAACACAAAAUCGGUCGCGCAAACAAAAGAGACUGGCAUUUGUGCGUUGCAACAUUCUAGUGCGAUGAUCAGAAGGCUAAAAACGGAAAAAAGACUUUAUUAGACGUGCAGAAAUAAGCGUUCCACACAGUUGCCGUACUAUUAUGCUCAAUUAAUGUAAAUGUAAUGUGCAAUAUAAACUUCUCUCUCACAACAGCUCUCCGCGGGUUUAAGAAAAUAUUGAUCCACGCGGUAAAGCUGCUCUGGAGUUUCCGGGUUCGUUUUUUUGGUGCACGGUGCUUCAAACAUUUGUAAAUAUCUUCAAACGAUGACUCAAAUUUAUACAGGUGGUUAAAUUCACUGAUUUAUUUUUUUCAUUGUUUUGUUACAUAUGCUAGACGUUGGAAAAAAUCUUUAUCAAAUACGUGUUUUUUCUAUACAUGUUUCACUGUUUUAUAUUUAAAUGCGAGAUACACACGUUUGUCACACAUUUCUUUGAAGUUAACCCAUUUAUGCCUUGUGGACUCUCCCAUCCUUCUAAAUUGGAUCAAUUUAUUUCCAAAAUUAUGGAUGUUUAGUAUAUUUAUUUCUAUAUUUAAAGCAUUUCUAACAGAAAUUCCUUUAAGCAAACAGCGAAGACCCUGAUGAGACGCCGCAUCAUGCGGCGUCUCAUCUGGGUCUCCGCUGUUUUCCAAGGCCUUUUUUCUAGACGCAAUGCAUAAAUGGGUUAAUUAUAUUCGCGAUUGCCUAUUACGUCCUUUUUGUAACUUACUGAGGCAUUCAUUGUGACAUGCAUACAUGUGUAAUUGAAAUUUCGAAAUCAUUACCACAUUUAGUAUCUGAUGUACAUUUCAUAUUCGCCAUAUUUAGUUUCUGCUUCUAAGACUAAAAUGGUACGUGAUGUAAAUUGCUGGGGCUGGACUCACAUUGGCAGUUAAAAUAUUAUUGACAACUGUUUUAUCAAUUUACCAUAAACAUAUCUUAUAAGUACCGUCAUUUUGUAGAGAAAGCAACGUGUCCUAUAAAUCGCUUUACAAUUCUAGCCAUUUUAUAGUAUGUAUAUAACAUUUCAUAGUCUUAGACAACUGUUACCAAGUCAUCAAAUUAUAUGGGUCAAUAUUUCCAUAAAUAGGUUAACCCAUUUACAAGGUCAAUGACCAGGGUAAUAACAUAAGUUAUUAUUGAACCCGCCAAUAAAUAUUUAUCAAAUCGCCUAAAGAAAUGAAAAAUAAUGCUAUUCAUUGGGAAUGUUUACACAAUGACAUUCGUGUAUUCUCUAGAUAUUUGGUUUGUCAGCAGUUCAAAUAAAAGUUAUUUAUCCAAUUGCUAUAUUUGGAAGGAGUUAAUGCGACUUAACAGGUCAGUCAAUAUUACUUAGCACAGACUUUAAUCAAUGCCAUUAAUCAGCUAGUGAUACAUUUGCGCGCAGUACCAUGUAAAGCCAGAUGCGACCUGUUGCUUUUACCUUAUAUUGAGUAAUACUAUUUUGUUGACAUUCAAUGAUAAUGUUAUUGCCAUAGAAACAUAAAAAAGAAUGUCAAAUCCGAUUCAACAGAAAAGAAUAUAAGUUAUUUUUAUAUUAAAACGUUUUAGUUUCUAAAAAUGCAAUUCGACAUUUUGAAAUGAGAAUUUUUCUAUAGACAGCCGGAGUUUAUAUACUGCAGAUAUUUAUACACUACAAAUUCUCGGAUAUCGCGUGAACAACAAAUACAGAAUUAAGUCGCGUUCUUGAAACACCGGCUCCAUGCAUGUGCGUAAAGUGUCAUCCCCGGUAAGCCUGUGUAGUCCUUUCCUGCUUUUAUGGAAUUUUUUGUGUAAAGGAAUUCUCUUUUAAACAAAAAUCCAUUUAAGGCUGAAAGUGUAGUCCCUAAUUGGUAUGUGCGGACUGCACCGUUCCCUAAUUGGUAUGUGCGGACUGCACUUUGAACUGCAGUUGAGUAUCACGAUCUCUAGCAAAUAUUGUUUUACAUGCAUAAUGUACACAUGCCAUUAACCCAUUAUGAUCGUUGAUCGUUUUAACAUAAUGUAAAUA